UUGUGUGAACGUCCGUCGUCGAGGAAGAAGAAGAACGCAGCAUCUCGGGGAGAGUCGCGGGAAAAAUGGCGGAAAUGUGUGCUUUCGUUAUGCUAUCAACAUCAGCUACUGCAAACAUUGCAUCUUAAACCUUUCUCUGCGUUCGGCUGCAUGGAUUCAGAGACACUUUCCACCUCUGGCCACAUGAUGCACAGUCAAGCUGCUAUUGAAGAGUCACCAGGCAAAGCUUUACAGUGUAGCCACUGUACCCUCAUCUUCAGAUCCAAGGUGUACCUCUUUGAACACCUCACCAAUGUGCACUGUUUUGAUGUAGACAAAGCCCUCAGAGAGGCAGGUUUGAAGCAAGCUGCUAUUAACAAAGCCAAUGCUGACAUCAAAAGGAACAGUUCUGGACGUGAUUUUCUAUGCCAGCACUGUGAUUUUAAAACUUGCCAACUGGACGAUCUGAAGGAACAUGAGAGACAUUGCCGCAGAAAUACAGAGCCCAAGAAGGGCUUUGGAUAUGGAAAUAAUCCUGAAAACCCUGAGACCAAAAUACCUGUAACUUCAAGAAACCAGUGCAAGGAGGGUGAAGGAACAAAACACAUUUCCUCCUUUUUUGUUGUUUCCUCUACCUCCAAAACGAAAUGUUUACCAAACUCAUCAAAGGAUCUCAAAACGCAAACUAUCACCAAGUACCUCACAGGGUUCUCUGGAACAAGGGGUAAAUCCCCAGUGAUGUCAUCUGAUAGUCUUCCAGAUUGCACCAAAGGGACCCUUAUUUUGCAAGAAUCCCCUACAAACAGCAGUGGGGUGUUUAAAGUCACUGCAAUGUCCAUGAUUGAUAUCCCUAAAAGAGUGUUGGAGCAGGAUUUAACAACCGACAAAUCACAGAAGCCAAAGGAGGAACCCAAUUUUGUUGACAAUGCUGUAAAGAGGACCAUUGACGAAGGCACUGAAGACCCCCCUGCUAAAAAAUCAAAAUCAUGUAAAGAAGAGAUGAAGCCCCUAAUGAAUGGGAAAAAACAAGCAUCCGGUGCAGACAUUUCAUGUGAAAUUAGUGAAGACGAUAAAAGCGUUCAUCUUGUUAAUGGAACUGCAGAAAGCCCAAAGCUUUAUUUCUGUAAGCACUGUGACUACAAUGAUGUGAGCAUCAGUUGUGUGUCAAACCAUUAUCAGAACGACCACCCUUAUAUAAGAUUUACCUCUGAUUACAUACAGGACCCACGUGAUCAAAGUGCAACCUUUCGUUGUUUGGAGUGUCCAGUUGAGUUUUCAGCUGUACCUGAGCUUAAGAGGCAUUAUAAUGGAAAUCAUCCAAAGGCUCCAGAUAUAAUCAUGAUGCAAUCUGGUGAUCUCAGUUUGGUUUUUAGGUGCUUUGUCUGUAUAUUUACAUCCAAUGAAUUGAAAGCUUUGAAAGAACAUUACAAGGUAAAACACCCAACACAUAAAGUGGAUAAUUCCUUGUUGUACUGCAGAUAUUCUGUGAGUAGAUGCCAAGUUGCAUCCUCUUGUGUAAAUCCGUGUGAAAAGACACCAGAAAGACCAGAAAGAAAUUCUCCAGAGAGCGCCCAGGUAUCUUGUAAAGAAGUGAGAAGUGCAACCUCACCCCAACAUUCCAUCUCCAAACCAACACGUGGGACUUUCUAUUUUUGCAACAAAUGUAAUUUUAGUCAUAAGUCAGUUGUUGUUAUUCGUGUCCACUAUCAAAAAAGUCACCCAGAUGAACCUGUCUCAAUAGACAAAAUAAAACGGUCUGUUGUAGCGUCACCAAUGACGCCUGAAAAAUCACCAAACCAUGCAACGGAAGUACAAACGUGUACACCUCAAAAGAAUACUUCUGAGUCGUUGUCCUCAAUGAACCUGGCACACACAUCAGAAGCUUCUCCAAAUUACCUGAAGUCUCCCAAGCUGAAGGAAGUGGACUCUGCAGAGGACAGAAGAAAAGCAAGGAAUUCUCUCAGCAAUUAUGAACCAGUGUUCUUUGCUGAAAUAGAGAGUUCAUCAAAUAGAGUGUUUUACUGCCGGUUUUGCAGUUAUUUCAGUACUAAUGUCAGAAGUGUUCUGGGUCAUCAUAACGCCAAACAUACUGAGAAAGGAGUUACCACUAUAAAUGAAGUCGUGAGCUACAGUGCCAGCAUGGAAAAAAAGAAACUUCAGAGUCAAGCAAAGGUCCCAGGUGAUACCCUGUCUUCUGAUUCUGAGACUCCUAAUCAGAUUGAUGUGAAGAAAACUCCUCAGUUUGAAGGAUAUGAUUCAGGAGAUGCUUCUGUGGAGGAAUCCAAUGCUUUUGAGUGUCCAGAAAAGUUGUUUUACUGCCAAAAGUGCAACUAUGCAAAUCCUAGUCUUAAAGGAGUAGUGAACCAUCAAAUUAAACUUCACAGAUACUUACAUUCCAAUAAAGACUGUGUUCUUCGACACACAGCUCUGAUUUGUGAAGAAAUUGAAAAAACGAAAUCUGCCACGACAGAACUUUCCUGUGCUUCUCGUCUUCCUCUGCCAUACCUGAAUGAAGGCGAUGAAAAUGCAUUGUUUUGCCACUUUUGCAACUACAGGCAUAGUAGCAUGGAACAGGUAGUUAAGCACUACUUCAGUCGUCAUCGUGGAUCUGGGAUCACCCAAGAGCGAAUUCGCUUGCAUACUUCUCUGAUUCUUGAAAAGACACAGGGAUUGCAUCAGAAAAUGGACAAUGACUUGGAGAGCUCUGGAGAAAAAACUAUUCAAAAAGAGAAGUCAAAGAAGCUUGCUAAAGGCUUUUCAAAUUUAGCCUCAGUCUCACAAACACCAAGGGUCCUCAAGUGCAAUAGGUGCUCAUACAUCACUCCGCAUUUGUUUGUUCUGAGGAGGCAUAUUUGGAAAAUUCACAGGUCAAAUCGUACAGGCCCUGACUUACUAAGAAUGUGUUUUAGACAAGGAAACAUACAGUCGGGUUAUCACUGUGACUUGUGUGUUUUUUCUCAAAAAAAUGCAGAGGCUCUUUAUGAGCACUACCAGGAACAACACCCAGAGCGUAAACAAAGCCUUGAGUACAUAAGUACUAGGCUAUAUGUUGGCCCUGAUGCACGCCCCCUUAAAAACAAGAAGUGCAAAGUAAAGCACACUGAAGGCAGCUUACCAUCACAAACAUCUGUAGAAAAUGAAGCCAAGGCAUAUUCCUGCAAAGCUUGCUCUUUUAGAGGUAGUUCAGUAUCAGAUAUCACAUGCCACUACCGUGCUGUUCAUCCCUGGUCUGUAAAGGAAGAUGGUUCCGACCCUGGUGUCAAGAUCAACAAGAAACGAUGUGCCAAUGGGCAGUUGAAAGAGCAGAAUGAAAUACUUGAGUCAUUUGACACCUAUCAAAUACCUCUUGAAUUCGACAAUUCAUCUUAUGAAGCAAGAGAAUCAGAUGACGUUUUCAGUUGUUCCUUCUGUCCUGCAGUUUUUUCGACCAAGCAUAGCCUCAGCACUCACUGUGGAAUGAAACAUCAAGGUCAUCCGAGACCACACCAAGAGAAGCAAGUACAAAUCCCUACACGUGUGCAUGUCUUUAAGUGUCCUCAUUGUGUCUACAUCAACAGCAAUUAUCAAGGGGUUAUCACCCACUGCCAGAUGAAGCAUCCAGCACUUGAGGUCAAAGCAGACAGUUUUCACUUGGAUAAAUUCUUGGAUGAUGGUUUGGAUCAAAGCAGCCCUGUUGACGGUUCAAAAUACAGAGGCUACAUGUGUGUGGCUUGCCAGCAGCUCUGUCCGACCAUGGAGAAGCUGAACAAACACAGUAAGAAUUGCCAUAAGAUGGUGAACGGUCCUAAACAAGCCCCUGAAGCAUCACCUGCAAGGAGCAUGAAGCAAUCAAAAGCCAACAGCUCCCAGGAGUCUAUAUCGAAAACGUCCUUUCUACGAAAGAAAAUAUAUGCAACAAUUCGAUGCCCGCACUGCAGUUAUAGUUGCACCACAAAAAUUGGCCUCAAUCGACACUUGCUUAUUCGCCACGGAGAUUCUUCUGUUUCAAUGUUUAGGAAUUUCACAUACAAGUGUGUGCUCUGUUUUAAGUUAUACUGCAGAAAAAAGCGUCUUGGAAACCAUUAUAUUAAGAAACAUGGAAAGGAUGCCUACUUAAAAUACUAUGACAAAGUAUUGAAGUCGGUUCCACACAAGUCAUUGCCAGCAUCUGAAGACCUUUCACCUGAGCUUCUAGAGAGCCCUUCUAAGCAACAUAAGCCCAGCAUGAAGACGGGUAAAAAGAUAAUAGUUUACACAUGUCCAGGCUGCCCCUAUGUGAAUGCUAGCUUCCACGGAACUCUCACUCACUGCCAAAUGAAGCAUCCAGACCUCGUAGUUAGGGCAGAUGAACUUCAGACAGAUGAAAUAUUUGUGAACAACAUGGUCAUGUGUACGAUAGGAAAAGGUUACAAUGAAAGAGGGUACAUGUGUAACAAAUGUCCACAAAUUCACGCAUCACUGGUAAAACUGAGAAUUCAUAUUGGGUGUGAUCAUCGGGAUGAAGCUGAAGAACAACCCGAUCAAAGCUUGAUGGACCCAGUAUUGGACAAUGACUUUGCUGAGACCACACAAGUCAAAUCCAGGCAACAAGUGGACUCUCCUGAAAUGCGUCGAUCAAACGCGCUGCGGUUGCAAACCAAAGGACUACUGUACAAGUGCCACAUGUGCAUGUAUGCAGGAUCGUGUCGAAAAUACUUGUACUGCCACUAUAAAAAUACUCACAAAUUGGAUGGACCUAACAUGUUCAAGAUGCUGGAAAGGUAUAACAUACGUAAACGCAAGAGGAGCAAGCUAACAGCAUGCUCCGCUGAGGAGAGCGCACAAAGCAAAUGUAAGAAGUGUUUCAACUUAACGUUCAGCUCGCCUCAGCAGCUUAUUUCACACUAUAAUACUUAUCAUUGCAAAAUGGACUUUACUGUGUUAGCAAAAAUAUCAAAGAGGAGCACGGGAAGUUACAAAUGUUGCCAAUGCAAGAAAGUUGUACAUGGAAUUAAAAACCUUCAGUGUCACCUGGAUCGCCAUAGAGCAAGGAGGAUGAAGGCAAAAGCUGCAUUCACACAGGCCACAUUCAACACUUCCACAACACCAGGGGCCAAUGAAAAAAGUGAACUGCCCUCAUUAGAAACCAUGGAGUUGGUCCGGGGGGAUGCGUCACCAAUAGAGACCUCGACUUUGCCGUCACCUUCAAAAUCCACUGAUCAAGGACAUGCUGAGGUGGAAUCAAGAGUCCACGGCUGCAAACUGUGUAGGCGCACGUUCAUGUCUCUUGAAGGUUUGCGUCUACAUGAGCGCAGCCAUGCAGCUCUGGCAGCCAUCAAGAACCUGGACAAUCUGACUGCUUCAGCGUUGAAGCAGAACAUUAACAAACACAUACUUUACAAACCUGGGACUUUCCGAUCUUUCAUGUGUUCUUUCUGCUCCUAUCGGACGACCGUCCUGGGCCUGUUUAGAAGUCAUGUUAUGAAAAAUCAUCGAGAUGUUCUUGUGAAAGCUGAGACGACUGGCAGCCAAGAUGAGAAGAAAACUGCCAAGCAGCCUCCUUAUUUAACAGCAGAGAACAACAAUCUACCCGAACCCCACAUAGAACCUGAAAUGACAGAAAAAUCACUGUACUUGGAACCUCCAAAUGUGCAGCGGCAGCUAAACCAGUACAGCUUGAUGGCACAAGUCGGUGUGUCAUCUAAGACGAACCUGCAAGAGCCCACGUUAUCUGAGAGUCAACUUCACUGUGAAUUCUGUAAUUUCACCUCUGAACACCUCUCUAGUAUACGAAGACACUACCAAAACCGGCAUGGAAAAAAGAUCUUCAGGUGUAAAGACUGUGACUUUCUCACUGGUGUAAGAAAAACCUUAGAGAAACACAUGGAGACUCAUCAUUCUUCCUUCCGGUCAGAAACUACUCAUCAAAAGGACCCCCACUGCCCUUUCUGCCUCUACCAGACAAAGAACAAGGACAACAUGAUCGAUCACAUUGUCUUGCAUCGUGAGGAACGUGUUGUUCCCAUCGAGGUGCGUCGCUCAAAGCUGUCGCAUUAUCUUCAAGGCAUUGUCUUUCGCUGUCACAAAUGUACUUUUACAAGUGGGAAUGCUGAAAACCUGCGUUUGCACAUGAUGAGGCACGAUGACAUCAAACCCUACAAAUGUCGGCUUUGCUACUUUGACUGCGCUCGACUUAGCGACUUAGAGGCACACCUGGGUGAUAAGCAUCAGGUUAUGAGAAAUCAUGAGCUUGUGGGUCAUGUCAGCCUUGAUCAGCUGGAAGCGGUUUAUAAGACGCCUGAAGAGGACGAUGAAUUGUUGUCUAACUUGGAGCAGGAAAACAAUGAUCAAGAUGUAGAAACUGAGGAGUAUGAUGCAUACGGCAAUGACAUUCUGCCUGAGACACUAGCUAAGAACCCUUUAGAACAUGACAUCAGAGCAAAAACUAUCCAUAAUUUGGAAAAUGAGCAGGACCCCCAAGAACAAGCAGUGCUCCUGCCCAAUGCCGCAAGUGGACAGAAAAGAGAUGUCCAGUUUGAGGAUUCUACUGUUCCAGAAAAAGAGAGCCAGGCAGAGAGCCACGGCAAGGCCAAAACUACAAAGCUUUCACUAAGAAAAAAGGAGGCAGCAGAGUGGAACUCAACAGAACACAAUGAAAAAGCUGUUAUGGCACCGGCUCUCGCACCACAUAAUAAGGCACUGAAGCAUGAAGCAUUGGAGGGAGGUGACGUUCUACAUCAUAUGCCAGUGAUGGGUGAAAAGGGAAGCAAGAAGGAUGGAGCAGUUGAGAUGGAGCAGAACAGCAACACUAAGGUUGUGGAUGAGCGUGAGAACCAGUUGCUAAAUGAGCAUAGUAACAUCACAGCCUGCCACUCCAAGGGUCCAGUUAUUACAGAGCCCAACUCAGAACCCAACAUUAAAAGCCAGGCAAAUAACAUGAGGACUCCAGAGAAUCCUACUGUUGCACAGCAGUCGCCAACAUCCACACACUGUUCACGUCUUAAGAUGAGCCAUAAGGGGAACUCUGGCCGGUCUGUUGCAAACUGCAAAGAGGAAGUGGUCAGUAUCACAGAGAAAGAAAUGCCAGUACUGGAGAAGGUGUUUCACAAGGAGGAAAUGCCCGUUGGUAUUGGCAAGGAGGAAAAAGACAAAGAGGAGGAGGAGGGAAGCUCAGUGAAGGAUGAAGACGUCCCAAAUGUGCACAGAGGAACAGCUAAAGGUGAACCUGCUGAAGUCUGUCCAUCACUUACAGAGAAGAAACUAUACACCUGUAAAUUUUGUGGGCGAAAUCUCAUGAACAGCCAAGAACUGACACGUCAUGUAAUGCGACAUGGAAUGUAAUUUUUUUUUAUUAUUAUUAUUUCUACACUAGAAACAGCUUUCUGGAGGGAGCUAAAUGUAUUUUCUUUAGUACUGUAUUGUGUAUUUGUGUGUUAACACGAAACAUUUUAUUUGUGUUUUGUGCAUUUUAAACCUUUUUUUUAAUAAAAUUAUUUUAUGGUAUUGCUGUUCUACAUAGUAAUUAUUCAAUAAGUAAUACUAAGGUGGUGACUGCAUGUUCUACACAAACCUUGAUCCCAUUAGUUUUUAAAACACUAACAGAUUUGUGUAAUUGAGAGAAUCAUCAGUUAUCUACUGUAAAACAUACAAAACUCUGCUCUGAAAAUCUUCUAACGUCCAUUCAUUCAUUCAUUAACUGCUUUUUCAUCUGUUACACAAACUUUAGAUCGCCAGUGUUUAGAACAAUUUUUGUGGAAAUACUUGCGCUGCCUUCAGGUGCUGCUGGAAUUUUGGCAUUUGACAUUUAUCUUGUAUAUGAUUUCAUAUUCUGUAUAAGUAAUAAACAUGUCUACUCCUUGUUAUAGUAUAAUAAUUGUUUUUUUAAAUAAAUAUUAAGUGUUAUUGCCA